AUGAGUCAUAUACUUUCUAUUGCGGUAGGUGUAGGUGUUGGGUUGGCAGUUAAUUGGCUGUUGGACCAAGUGAUGGGACCUCCUCCUCCUCCUGCUGCUGCUCCUCCUGUGUUAGCCAAGAAGAGCAACGCGGGUUUCAGACGACAGGAGAAGCCGCCGUACUCGUACAUAGCGCUCAUAUACAUGGCGAUAGAGAGCUCGCCGUCAAAGAGGCUCACACUCAACGAAAUCUACACCUUUCUACAACACUUCGCCUUCUUCCGCGGCGCUUACCAGGGCUGGAAGAACUCGGUCAGACACAGCUUGUCUCUCAACCAAUGUUUCGUGAAGCUGCCCAAGGGUCUCGGACGUCCGGGGAAGGGUCACUACUGGGUGAUCGACCCGUCAUCCAAGCCAAUGUUCAAGGACGGCUCGUUGCGACGCCGACCCAGGGGGUUCUGCCGUCGUCAGCCACCGCCGCCUCAGCGCCCCCAGUACUACAGCACUGCCCCAGUCAUGCCGCAGUACGACACCUUGUCUACACACCAGCCACAGGAGUACCCCAUGAGCCACAUGAGUCAGCAGUACCCCACAGCUGCCUACCCUCCCGGGUACCCCUCGUACCCUCCCUGUGACUCCUGGGGUACCUACCAGGACACCACACCUUACAUCAAGACUUCCCUCAGCCCCACGCCCGACCACCAGACACAGAUGGACUCUUUCUCGUAUCAGUUCUCAGUUCAGCCUUCAACCAUAGAUAAAAGGAGUAACUACCUACUUCUACUUCUUUAA